GGAAUUCGUUUCUGAAAACCGAGCUUUGAUCCAUGACUGAAAUUUGAAUUAUAUUAACAUUAUCUAUUAACCCUUGAUCACAUAUUACUUAAUUAAAACAUAAUAACUUUGUGAAUUAUUCUAAAUUCUAUAGCCCGUAGCUAAUCCUUUUAUGAAGCUGCCCAAGUCAUCGCAGUUGUAUUGUAAGAUAACUUAGUUUUGUUCAACGACCAGUGAAAAAUAAAUUAACAAGUUGAUUAUUAGUUUUGUACAAAUCAAAUAAACACAAUGUUAACAUACAGUGAAGUCGUUGCAAUGCCUGAUCAAUUUGGAAUUCUGCUAGCUUAACUACAAAUCUAACAAUUGUUAUAUGGUUUACUCAUUAUUUUUUGGACAUGAUUCUGCCAGUUUUUUUUCGAUUAAAUAUUUUUAGAUAAAUAACUUACUGUGUUAGUAAAUUAGGAACAAUAAAUGUAACUAGGGUUUGUAUGUUCUAUUUAAAACAUUGGCAGCACCGAUGUAUUGAUUUGGUAGAAAUUUUGACAGCGACUAAUGAAAAGGAAUUCGUUUCUGAAAACCGAGCUUUGAUCCAUGACUGAAAUUUGAAUUACCUAUAUUAACAUUAUCUAUUAGCCCUUGAUCACAUAUUACUUAAUUAAAACAUAAUAACUUUGUGAAUUAUUCGAAAUUCUAUAGCCCGUAGCUAAUCCUUUUAUGAAGCUAAGAUGAAGUAAGAUAACUUAGUUUUGUUCAACGACCAGUGAAAAAUAAAUUAACAAGUUGAUUAUUAGUUUUGUACAAAUCAAAUAAACACAAUGUUAACAUACAGUGAAGUCGUUGCAAUGCUGGACAGCGACGAUGAAGAAGCCGCAACGAUUGAACAACCUGAUCUUGCUGCCAAGAAGCCAACAUUUCAUAGUGCAACAGAAGUGAAACCAUACAUUAUAUAUGAAUUUAAAAAGGAUGAAAACACACUGUACGCCCACACAGGAUUCCUGGGUGAAGCCGAUGUAAUAUGCAUAAGGAGAAUUGAUGCCACCUGCGACAAUGAAUACUCACUAUGGUUCCUUGAAUAUACCAUAAAAAAAGAUAUAAUGCAAUUUCAGUGUAAACAUUUAAUUGCCUGUCUUGUACCUAAGUACCCUUAGGUCAAUAGUUAAAUUAAAAUUAAAAAAUAUAUACAGUCAAAAUCUGUUAUAACGACAUCGAAGGGACUGCUCAUAUCCAGUCGUAAAAACCGAUAGUCGUAACAACCGGUGAUAUUUAAUGUGUAUCGUGCAAGUACAAACAAAUCGAUAGGGAAUUAUUGGAAAAAUAUAUUUACAUAAUACGCGAUUUUUCUUCAAUAUUAAUUUGGUUUCUUUUUCUUUGCGACAUUUUGAAAGUUUCACGAAUAACUCCACAAAGUUUUGGUGCGUCUUUUGUAUAGAUAAGUAACAAACUAACUGAAGAGAUAUGAAGAAGCGGGCUUUGACUCUACCGCAUGCACGUGUUUUGUUUCUAAGAAUUAGAAAAGACCCUACACUAAACUAAAUCCUAUUGUUUUCUUUCCUGAUUUUAAUAGCCAUUGAAAACAAAUGUGGAUACCUAUUCAAAUUGUUUACAAUACAGCUUAGCCGGUCGUUCUAACAGAUCUAAUUCUCCGAAAUAUUAGUUAAAUGUGGUCGUUUUAUGAGGUAUGUCGUUAUUACCAAUGUCGUAGAAAGCAAUAUUUUUAAUAAGGCGGUCAUAUGGCAUUCAGCCGGGACCUUUGUUCUUGGUUAUUAUAACCGGCAUGUUGUAUUAAACGAUGUCGUAAUAAACGGUUUUGACUGUAUUAGCUGAUAGAACAUUUAGAUCUGAUGUAACCUAAAAAUUACUAGUCUUUAAACUUCUUCAUUGCUGAAUAUAAAACUACUUGUGUGAAAACAUUCAUAGUUAUAUAAUUAAACUAUUUUCAUCAGUAACAAAAACACUAACAAAUAACUAUUAGAUUUGAAGUUAUAAAUUCUAUAGUUUCGCAUUAUUAUCAUCUAAAAAUGUAACAACUAACUUAUAAUAUUAAAAACAAAAAUUAUUGUGUCCUUUUAUAAAUAUUUUUCCUAAUUAAAUACAUUCUGAUAAAUAUAGUAGAUAUAAUGCUAUACUUUCAAACCAUACAUCACAAUAAAAGCUAAUAUUAGAAACAUAAUUUGGCUUGUGGAGAGUACUUAACAAUAGGCAGCGGCUUUGCUCUGUCCCUGGCAUUGCUGAAGUCCAUGGGCGACGGUAACCACUCACCAUCAGGUGGGCCUUAUGCAAUAAAAAAUAUCAAUGUUAGGUAUAUUAAUUAAUAUUUCUUUAAAAUUAUUGUAUAUUUGUGUUUUGUCCUAAGUUAUGUUUUAUUUUAGAAUAUACUCGUAUUGUAAGUUAUGCCUUAUUAUUUUAAUGUGUUUAAUAUACAACAGUCAUAGUUUUAAGGUAUAUCUUGAACUAUUUAUGAAUAUGUCUAGUAGUAAGUAGUGGUUUAUGAUAAACAAUAUACAAAUCAAAA